CCUUCCUUAGUUUGUAAGACCCUAUCCUAGCUUCAAUCAUGGCCUUGAAAUGCUUGCUCCUCUUGCUCGCCCUCGCCAACACAGCGGCCGACAGAGCCGCAGCUGGCGAAGUGAAAGCGCCCGUCGGCCGCUACGAGCCGGGCCUCGACUUGGCGGCGCGGCUUGAGGCCGUCGAAGCCAGUGGUGGGCUGGUCGAGUGCUGGAGCGCCCUGGUGGAGCUCAAGUCGUGCACCAACGAGAUCAUCCUCUUCUUCCUCAACGGGGAGACCAGCUUGGGGCCGGGGUGCUGUGGGGCCAUCGACGUCAUCACCCGCAACUGCUGGCCCGCGAUGCUCACUUCGCUCGGCUUUACGGCCGAGGAAGGGAAUAUACUGCGCGGGUAUUGCGACGCGGCGGCAGGGGGAGCUCCGGCUGCCUCGCCAACUCCAUCUUUUGUCAUGGGCGUGGCUUAGACUAGGACGAGGUUGAUAAUGUUAAGAGAGGGAGAAAGUAUGAUUCUGCCUGUUGAUAAAUAAAGUUGGACUUUGGAGUCUUGUUAUAAUCUGUAGGGAGCAAUUCAAAACAUGCCCAACAAAUGCAGUUGAAUUGUACGCAAGGAGACCGAAACAGUCAUACACAACAACGCAAAACCUCGAGUGGUCUCUGUAUAUACUUUAGUCCAAAAAUUACAAUUAUUGAUCUACUUUCUUCUUCUUUUCCAUCAAAAUCGUCCCUGUACUUUUUGAAAAGCGUCAUAGUUCAUCCCUAGUCGGUUCGGUGACAGUCGACAUGGCAAAUCCAAACAUCAAUGCAAAACCUCGA